AUGUUGUGCCUUCUGCUGCUUGUCAUCGGGCUCAUCGGGCUCCAGACAGACAACAAUUCUGAAAGACUACGUGUGCAAAUUACAAUACCGGAGAAAAUACGGUCAACAUUAAGUGGAGGAAUUGAAUCCCAUGUGUCCUACAACAUUGUGAUUGAAGGGAAAACAUACACUGUGAACCUAAUGCAAAAGGCUUUUUUACCUCGUAAUUUUAGAGUUUAUGGUUAUAAUGGCACAGGAAGUAUGAAGCCUCUUGAACAACAGUUUCAGAAUUUUUGCUACUACCGAGGGUUUAUUGAAGGUUAUCCAAAUUCUAUGGUGACCAUCAGCACAUGUACUGGACUCAGGGGCUUACUACAGUUUGAAAAUGUGAGUUAUGGGAUUGAGCCCUUGGAGCCUUCAAUAGGUUUUGAACACGUGAUUUAUGAAGUAAAAUAUAAGCAUAAAGGUGUUUCUUUAUAUGCUGAGAAGGGUAUUGAAUCAAGAGAAAUGCCCUAUAAAAUACAAAGUAUAGAGCCACUCUCAGAGUUCUCUCAGUAUAUAGAAAUGCAUGUUGUAGUUGAAAAAAAUUUGUACAAUCAUAUGGGUUCUGAUACUAUUGUUGUCACUCAAAAAAUCUUCCAGUUGAUUGGACUGACCAAUGCUAUUUUUACGUCAUUUAAUAUUACAAUAAUUCUCUCUUCAUUGGAACUUUGGAUAGAUGAAAAUAAAAUCCCAGUAACUGGAGAUGCUAAUGAAUUGUUACACAGAUUUUUAAAGUGGAAAAGAUCUUAUCUUGUUUUGCGUCCACAUGAUGUGGCAUUUUUACUUGUUUACAGAGAAAAACCAAAUUAUGUUGGUGCAACCUUUCAAGGGAAGAUGUGUGAUAACCAGUAUGGAGGCGGUGUUGUUCUGCAUCCCAGAACCAUAAGUCUGGAAUCAUUUGCAGUUAUUAUAGCUCAAUUACUGAGCCUUAGUAUGGGAAUAGCUUAUGAUGACAUUAACAAAUGCCAGUGCUCAGGAGCUGUCUGCAUAAUGAACCCAGAAGCAAUUCAUUCCAGUGGUGUGAAGAUCUUUAGUAACUGCAGCAUGGAGGAUUUUGCAAAUUUUAUUUCAAAUCCAAAGUCCCAAUGUCUUCAAAAUCAGCCACACUUAGAUCCAUCAUACAAAUCUGUGGUUUGUGGUAAUGGACAAGUGGAACAAGGAGAACAGUGUGACUGUGGGAGUGCAGAGGAUUGUGCUGCUAACUUAAACUCAUGUUGUGAUCAUACCACAUGUACAUUAACAGUUGGUUCAACUUGUGAUAUUGGUGAAUGCUGUAAAAAUUGUCAAUAUUUGGCAAAAGGAGAAAUAUGUAGACCUUCCUCUGAUGAAUGUGAUCUCCCUGAAUAUUGCAAUGGAUCAUCUGCAACAUGUCAAGAUAACUUUUUUAUUCAGAAUGGGCAUCCAUGUGGAGAGAAUCAAUGGCUUUGUCUGAAUGGAAGUUGUAUAAGUGGGAUAAAACAGUGUGUGGAUUUAUUUGGUGAAGGUGCAGAUUUUGGUCCUGAAGAGUGUUAUGCUCACCUUAAUUCUAAGACCGAUCAAUCUGGGAACUGUGGUUCAGGUCCUUCAGGAUACAUACAGUGUAAAACUAAGGAUCUGCAGUGUGGAAAAUUAAUAUGUGAAUAUAAAAAAGAAGAAAUAAUUAAUAUUCCAAAUGCCACUGCUAUUUAUGCCAACAUAAAUGGACACAUCUGCGUUGCAUUGGAUUUUCCACAUGAUUUUAUAAUUAGCAAAAAGAUGUGGGUAAAAGAAGGAACUGUUUGUGGUAAUAAUAAGGUUUGCAAGAAUAAAGAAUGUGUAGAUGCUGGAUAUUUGAAUUAUGAUUGUACUCCAGGAAAAUGCAAUGAACGUGGUGUAUGCAAUAAUAAAAAGAACUGUCACUGUAACCCUUCGUAUUUGCCUCCUAAUUGUGAAACUAGUGAUGAUGCAUGGACUGGUGGGAGUGUUGACAGUGGAAAUUUUCCACCUCAAGUAGCUGCUGGCCUUGCCAGUUCUGAAAGACGCUACAUUGAAAAUGCUUAUCAUUCCAAACCUACAAGAUGGCCAUUUUUCCUACUCAUUCCUUUUUUCAUUAUUCUCUGUUUACUGAUUGCCGCACUGGUAAAAGUUUAUUUCCAAAGAAACAAAUGGAGAACUGAGGAGUAUACAAGCGAUGAGCAACUUGAAAGUGAGGGUGAACCUAGGGAGUAG